UAAUAAGAGUGGAAUUUUAGCGUUUCCCAAAUUUCGUGGGCUCCUUGACCUUCACUUUUCUCAAACCUCCACACUUUAAUAAGUCAAGUACCUCCUACCUACACAUCCAGCUAGGUACCUAAUAUCCCACCUUUCCUCAGAUUCAAGGUAUUUUAAAUCAUCUAUGCAUCUACAACAAUCACGUCUUUAAAACGGCGAAUCAACAACCGCGCAACACCACGCAACAUGGCAGACGACGAUUCUAGUGAACUCUCUUCUGUCUCAUCUUUAUCUUCUGCCCCAUCUGAAGAUGACGGCGAGAUUGAGGUGAAGCGGGAAAAGGGCAUAUUGAAGUUCUUUCAUAAGCUUCCUCCUGGUACGAAACCUGCAGAGCCCAAGAAAGAAGCAACACCUCCACCACGAAAGCGAUCACCUUCACCAUCUCACGAAUACGUUCUGGCUGAUAAUCCAGAUAUUGCAUUUCUUGUCAUGUUUCGUGCCCGAUUUAACGAUGCCCUUCCUAAAUCCCUAGCAAACUUCGGUCCUCAAGAACUUGAGCGUGACGUAACUGAAACGGUUCCUGGCGAACGUGUUGAACAAUUUCUAUGUGCUGUUCUCAGCCUUUUGUUGAACCGCAAGCAAGAUGUCAAGCCUGGACAUUAUAACCGAGCGCUAGAAGAUGCUAUUAAUACGCACAAGAGCCAGUGGGCGCGAGAUUGGAAAGAUGAGAAUCCUCUGAGUGGCAAUAGGACCUUUGCUUCUAUGGAUCCUACUGAAAGACUAAAAUUGUUACGAACUCUCGUGGUUUGGUCCCUAUCAUCUUCGGAGGUGAUCAAAGGUAUCAUCAACAAAUCCUACAAGGGAAACCGACACGAAGACGAUCUCAACCAACCCCUUUCCGUGCAGCCAUGGGGAUCCGACAGCGAUAAGCGCCGUUACUACCUAAUCGAAGGUCUAGACGAUACCCAUUUCCGAGUCUAUCGCGAGAGCAACCCACAAGGCUUUAACAGAACAUGGUGGAGCGUAGCAGGUAGCAUCGAAGAGCUUAAGGCUCUAGCAGAAAAGCUGCAGAAAUCUGAUGGCGGUCCUAAAGCUAAGAAAUUGGCGCAUAUGAUGUUGGCAGCUGUCCCUCGCUUCGAGGCGACCGAGGAGAAGCGCAAGCGACGGGAAUACCGUCUCAUGCGCAAAGAACAAUUCAAGCGACCGGAGCCUGGAUACUCCAUGUACGAAGGCCGAACCAGGGGCAAACGAAUAAAGUAUACCUAUUCCGACGAGGAGGACUUCUUAACCGAUUCCUCUCUCCGACGAUCCGCGCGUAAUACCCGCAACCCUACACCAGCUGAGCCGGCUGGUCCCGUAACCACUGCCAGUGGUCGUCAAAUCAAGGCCCCGUCGCGAAUGACUGUAGACGCUUCAAACAAUAUCGUCACAACUAGCCCCACAAGCCAGGGUCACAAUGAAGCUACUGCGUCAAAGGAGUCGUCAGUUGGCCCUACCGGUCGACCCAGAAGAUCGGCCGCUGUAAAUCACGGCACAAACGGCUGGGCAUCGUCAUCUAAGAAGUCCAAGGAGUAUAACUCGGAUGAGGAGAUGGACUAUGAUGACGAAGAGGAUAGCGAACCAGAACUAGGCGACGAUGAGGAAGAUCAUGUCCCGGAUGAAGACAGCGAAGAUGAUGAUGAAGAUGAUGAGGAUGAGGAUGAAUUCAACGAGGACGAAGAGAUGGUCGACGACGACUUAGACAAUUCUAACAAGGACAGCAUGAUGGUUAAACUAAAGCUUCCAUCAAAGAAAACAUCCGACUCUACCGGAUCGGGACUCAACUUGGACGAGUACCGUUACAACGGAAAGAAAGAAAGCCCCAAGGCUCCGGCAACGUCGGCAACAGAGAACGGCACAUCUCAUAAAGAUUCCACGCCAGAUGAGAAGAGCGAGGAGGUUAUAUCAGUAGCAACCACAAAAAAGCAAGCUACCCCCGAACCGGAGUUGUCUACCGUGAAUAAGGAGCAGCAGCCCCAACUCCCUCCUUCGACACCUGCACUCAGCUCGCUUCAGUCGACCUCGUUGGCUUUUAGGGAAAGCCCGGAUAAGGCCCAGCAGGCUCUGCCCAAGCAUUUCGACGUCGGUGCCGGGAAGUAAACAUCUUGACGAAUACUUUGUUAAUUCGGACUUGCA